AGGCUUGUUUACUGCUGCUCUGGGAUCUAGAACAUGGAGCAAAGGGUUUAACUGCAGGAAAAGAUAUUUCACCUAACCAUUAGGAAGAGUGUCUUGAUGAUAAGAGCUAUUCAACAAAGGAAUGCCUCUGGGUGUGGUAGAGUUUUAUUUUUGGAGGCUUUUAAACAGAGACUGGACAAUGUGUUGUCAAAGGCUUUCAUGGCCAGAAUCACUGGGUUGCUGUGAGUUUUCCGGGCUGUAUAGCCAUGUUCCAGAAGCAUUCUUUCCUGAUGUUUCACCCACAUCAAUGUAAGUAGAUGACUAGGAACCACAUCAAGUGGGAAGUUGUUUUAGGCAUGGCAUUUGGAGGAUGAGGAUGAGGUGUGGUAGAGGAUGAGGCUGAGUGAAGGAAGAUAGAAACUUUUGAACUGUUUUGAACUAUGGUGCUGGAGGAAAAUUCUGAAAGUGCCUUGGACUGCGAAAUAAAGGAAAUAAAGUCCAACUGCUCAUUGGAGGGAAGGAUAUUAGAGGCAAAGAUGAAGUACUUUGGCCACACCAUGAGAAGACAGGAAAGCUUAGAGAAGACAAUGAUGCUGGGGAAAGUGGAAGGCAAAAGGAAGAGGGGCCGACCAAGGGCAAGAUGGAUGGAUGGCAUCCUUGAAGUGACAGCUUGGCUCUGAAGGAGCUGGCGGUGGUGAUGGCCGACAGGGAGAUCUGGCAUGUGCUGGUCCAUGAGGUCACAAAGAGUCAGAAGUGACUGAAUGAAUAAACAACAAGAAUUCAGAGGAAAGUUUACAAACAAAGAAAGCUCUUCAGCAAGGAGAUGGAGAGAGAGCACCCUCUGUGGCCGGAACUGAGCACAGCAUCCAAAGAUGCCAAAAGUGACUCCCCAAAGAUGUGUAGCCUCAAAGGACCCUUCCUUUUCAUUAUCUUGUCGGUUACGUUCAAUUCCCUGGAAGCGACACCCGUGGAGAGACUCCUCUCUUUGGCUGAUGAUCUAUCGGAUGGGACUCCUGACAGGCAAGAGUGGUUUUUACCCAUCCUUUCACGAAGUACUGGCUUCUUGGGAAUUAACGGUGCAUUGCUGGGAGAGGAAGCGCCAAAGGCCGUAAAAAGCCACCGCUUGGAGAAACGAAGGUGUAAUACUGCCACAUGUGUGACACAACGUUUGGCUGACUUCUUGGUUCGGUCCAGCAACACCAUCGGUGCUAUCUAUUCUCCAACCAAUGUAGGAUCCAACACCUAUGGCAAGAGAGACAAAGAACCUCCCAGCUAUCUACAGCUUUAAUGUUCCAUCAAGACCUCAAUGGCUGCAAUCCACACUGGGAAUUCGUGCUCCUUCCCUUCCCUCUUUACCACCCUAAUGUAUAAAGUUCUGGUCUCCACACAGUUUCUCUUUCUUUUAGUGAGACUGCCACUUCGAGAAAUCAUUUGAGGAGUUGGCUUCUCACCCAACCUUUCAGUUAUUGCUUACUGUUCAUUCUUAACAGUGCCUUGUUUUCUUUGUGUGUAUUUUAUGUAUGUGACUUCCAUUGGGUUUGUCAUGCUGCUCUAUGUGAACGAUGGCACGCAGAGGUGCUCCCAAGUGGUAAGGCUCCUAUAGCCAAUGUGCUUAUGAAAUUUUCCCUGUUCAAGAGAAAAUAAACCUCACAUACCCAUGCCACAAGAAUAUGAAAUGUAAAAGCGCCCUUUGUGUUUUGGGUUUUCCUUUUUUAUUAAAAAAAAAUUAAAACUGAAAAAGACAA